AUGCCUGGAUCUCAACGAGGAUAUAUGGACUUCUCCCCUCCCUCGUCACUUGCCCUUGUCCCAUCAUACAACAUCAAUCAGCUUCAAAGUCUCAUCUCGAAAGAGGAUCUUCUUGUGAUCACAAGAGUCCUCUUAUUCUCAUCAUUCUUCUUCUUCGUCGUCUUCUUCUUCCUCAUCUUUAUCUGCUUCUCCUUCUAUAUCUCCAAGUGA